AGCUCAGCUCACUUCAUUUCAUAUUGAGGUUCAAUGGUGCUUUUUUGUUUAUAGCAGUGACCAAACAUGCCUGAUCCUUACAUAAUUUGAAAGGACUUUUGCAGCACAAACUAUCCAGUAGUUAAACAUAGAUAAAUGCAAACAGUGCAAAACAGUCUGAAACAGGGCUGAGUGUAGAAUUAAAAACAAGAAAUGGAGCGCUAGUUAAAAAGAGAAGCACCUUUAUCUCAUGCUGUAGAAAAAGCUUCACGUCAGGCAAUGGAGAGUGCUCUGCCUCACAGGGAUGAACAGCUGUUAGGUCUCCUGAAAGCAGCUGCUUCCAAAGCAACACCAGUGUGAAUGAUGAGAGUCAAAUGUAUGUAGUUUUUUAGAUGCAAAAGUGCUUUUUUUGCCAUCCCUCCCUACAAUUUUGUAACCCCUCCAUUGGCUGCAGCAUAGGGGGGAAAGCCCCCCAGCGCGCACACGUGAAAUUCAAGCCCUGGAAGAUCAUGCAAAUCUAAGUGGCUAUGCAAAGUCAUGUAAAGCUUUGAUAGAAAGUGAACUGCAUCUGUGCGGCCGCGGCACGCUGGAAGGGACCGCUGCUUUAGAUAGCAGAAGCACGGCCAUGGAAUUCAGAAAUCCUAACCAACAGCAAACUAAAACAAAAAUGAGAGAUUAUUAUUAUUAUUCUAAAUUUACCGUUCUGUUUACACUGGAAAUGUGUCAGAUUUCACAGAAAACGCGGCGAAGGCGAGUGACGGCAGGAAUAUUAAAAUUGAAUGCAUUUGUCAAACAUCAGAAUUUGUUUGAAUUUGUUUUUUUUUUUAUACUAUGCUGUAUGAAAAAGAGGACUUAUUGUUGCUUUAAACUGUUACUGUGAGUAUUAUUUUUAAGCAUUUUAACUCGAUAACGAUCAGUGGAAUUUAUCCUUGUUAGAAUUUGCACGGUCGAUGUCCACGCCGGGGUUUGGUUUACAACGCUAAUCCCCAGCGUGUGCGUGUCUGUGUGCAUGCAGACGACUGUGCAGGUAUUUUGCAUAUGUACAUUUGUAUUUGUUAGUCAGGUAGGUGACGUGUGUUUAUGCCAGGCAGCUAGAACUGAAGAGCAGGUCCUGAGUAGUUAAAGCACCUUCAUCUGAAAUCACACCGGAUUCUAGUAACUGCAAAGAGAGCCCCUUUUAUAGAAAAAGAAAAUACUCAUAGAAAAAAAAAGACAAAGAAAAUGUCAUUUGAAGUUGCACCUCUUUGUAUUAUUAUUUUUAAAAAAAAAAAAAUUUGUGUCGUGAUUUCCACAGCGGACGUGAAUCAAAGGAUUGAGAGACCGACGAGAAAAACAAAUCAAGAAAGACUUCCAAAGAAAUCGAGACACGGGGAAGGAAAAGACAAGCCGCCUCCUCCUCCUCCUCCUCCUCCUCCUCCUCCUCCUGGGCGACGCGGGCGGGCGUCCAAAUCGAAGCGGAAAACAAAAAAAACGAAACCCCCCCACCAGUGCGCCGACUGCGGGAAGAGCUUCAGCCAGCCGGGUCACCUGAGAAGACACUACCAGGUCAUUCACAAGGGAGAGACCCCUCACCAGUGCGGGGACUGCGGCAAGCGCUUCAGCCGACCGGAGAGCCUGAGGAGGCACCAGCGCAUUCACACGGGGGAGAACCCCUACCGCUGCCGGGAGUGCGGCCGCGGGUUCAACGAGCUGCAGAACCUGAAGGUGCACCACCGAACCCACACCGGAGAGACCCCCUACCACUGCCCCCAGUGCAGCAAGAGCUACAGCCGCAACGAGAGCCUGAAGAAACACCUGCAGAAUCACAGGGGCGAGGAUCCCUACGUCUGCGACGACUGUGGGAGGAGCUUCAGCGGCUUGCAAUACUUCAGGAGGCACCAGACGGUUCACGAUCGAGAGGCUCUGCGUCUCUCCGAGGACAGCGGGAAAGGGUUCGGUCCGAGGCAAAGCCCGAGGAUACGGCAGAGAGUUAUUCACGCGGCCGACUUGCCCCGCGAAGGCGGCCAGCUCUAGAAGACCCGCACAGUAAAGCUGCACUGAGAGACUGUGCCGUUGCCAGGACUGAGCUCUGCACAGAAAUCGGGCGAGGGUUGCAGGGCGCGAAAUAACGGAUGCCACUUU